UCCUCCAUUGUGACAUAGUCCCCGUCUCCUUGCUGCCUCUCUUUCUUUUUCCGCCCUCAUUCCCUAGUUCAAACUCGUCACAAUGGCCGGCGCUAUUGCUUCCGCUAUCUACCAGGGCCUGAUCCGCAGGAACGCCGUUUACCUCACGGCCAUCUUCUCCAGUGCCUUCGCUUUCGAGAUUGCCUAUGACUCGACCUCCAACCGCAUCUGGGAUGCCAUGAACCGCGGCCGCCAAUGGAAGGACAUCAAGCACCAGUACAUGGUCAAGGAUGAGGAAGAUGACGAGUAAAGAAAAGGCAGUAAUUGAUGGAUCCAUCUUGGGGAAAGCUGUCGGUCCCAUGUUAUAAUACAGUCGAGCCCUGGAGAGACAUUGGUAUAUGCUGCGUGUGUCUUGUAUGAAAUAGAAUCUUUAACACUGUAUUCACCUCGGAAUUCACUUGCUCGAUUUUCCCUAACCAAUCACCGGGUUCCUACAUUCAUCUGUGGUCUAUAAAAUUAUGCUUCCGGUGGUGGGGAGAACUUGAGCUUGCAAGAUGGUAGUGGCGCCAAGAGAGCCGUUGUUCGAUGUCAUACUUAGAAUAUAAACCCAACCACCAC